AUGGCGAGGCCGCGCCGGGGGCGGUGCGCCUACCAGCAGCGGUUGCGGUCCCGCAGCAGCGGGGGCGAGGACGAGGACGACGAGGAGGGGAGCGACGUCGAAGGCGGCACCAGCUCCGACGACCAGGAGGUCGAGUGGAGCCAGAGCGGCACGGCGAGCAGCGGCACGGCGAGCAGCGCCACCGGCGGCAGCGCCACGGGCGGCAGCGAGCUGGGCGGCAGCGAGCUGGGCGGCAGCGGGGCGGACGAGUCGGACGAGUCGGACGGGAGCGUCGGCCCGUGGCGGCGCGUCGCGGCCAAGUGUAGGGUGGCGAGCACGCAGGCGUGCGAGGACAAGCUGGAGAAGCGGUUCCCUGAGCAGUGGCACGAGGACGUCGUCGUUCCGAACAUCAAGCUCGGGGCGAGGGUGGCGAUGUUCACAGGGCUUGCAUAUCUGCUGUUUUUCGGUCAGACCAUGGGUAUCAUUCACGAAAUGGUUUGUGGUGGUAAUCACCGAUCAAUGUUUUCGGACGCGAAUAGUUUUGUUUUCUAUUUCAGCUCAUUUUUCGGAACAGCCUACUGCAUUCGGCGGCCAACUCUUCUUGCAUACAAAGCGGUAGUGUUCGUAAUAUUUGUGAGUUGGUUGGUCUCUGAUUUGUUUGUUGGAGUCGACUACCGUAGUUUCACGUCUGUACUGUAUUGUGCUGAUGUUACGGGGGAGUUGACAUGCCAUUCCUGUGUCUUCCCGUCCUACAACAUGAUGCUGGAUGCUAUGAUUUGGGUAUUGCUGCAGCCGAGUGUGUGUGCGAAGAAGUCUUGGAUGAACUGCUUGUUCGGGAUAUGGAUGGUCUGCUUCUGUAGUGCCGGUGUUCUUUAUCACAGAGACGACAGUGUUAUGGAUAAGUACGCGGGUCUGUUCGACCUGUUUGUGGGAGCAUCAUUCUUAUCUUUUUUGGAAUGGUUCGCGGUGAGAAGGAAGAGACGCGCCAUGCGGUCAGAGCAGCUUAAAUUCAAGCUGGACCUUGAUCAUAUGCUGACCACACGGAGCAUGUACGACGUGCUCAAACACAUGGUGCCUUCAUUCGUCAUCGUCCCGCUAUUGAACAGCCCUGCUUGCAGGGUGGACGUUCCCAAUAUCGAGCGAGCGUCCGUCAUGUUUAUCUGUCUGGUAGGCUUUGAUGUGCAGGCCCGAAGCCUCACUGCUUCGGAGCUGCUGGGCCUCCUGAACAGGUCUUUCAUAGAGUUCGACAGAGUGUGCCAGACUCACCGGGUCACCAAGAUCGAGACGUGGAUGGAGGAUCGGGGUACGUCUGCGCGGUCGGCGUCGUCCCCUCCGAGGUUGAGGAGAGCGCCAGGUGGGGCCACGGCGCCCUCCUGGCCCGCCUGCUCCGGGCCGCCACCGCGAUGCUGGAGUUCCAGCCCGCGCCCGAAGCCGACGUCACCUUCAAGGUGGGCAUCCACACGGGGCCGGUCGUGGCCGGGGUGGUGGGCGGAAAGUUGCCCCGUUUCCGGCUGUUCGGUGACACCGUGA